UCUGUUGUUCAUUCCACGAUGAGGUCAAAGAAACCGAUGAAAUAUGCAGGCGAGAGACUAAGAAAAUGGGGGCGGCUCCACCCGGGCGGACCCUUUUCUCCUGCCAGCUGUCGCUCGUGGCUUUUUGCUCUCGACAGUCCAGACAUUCCCCCGUUCAGUUUCAUUCCUUCCCUUCGUUGCAGCGAUUCCUGCAGGCUCUGCGAGUCCGUCUCGACGACAUCCGGCGUCCCUUCAGUCCUCAGGACUGUCCUCUCCCUCGCCAGCCUCCGCACUUUCGAGUCCAAGCGCCGCCAUGAUCUUAGUCUGGCCAAUCUGACCUAUCCUUAAUUCGAUUCAAUACGCGCAUACCACGACAUCGAUCCAUCCACGUUCUCUAUAUACGUCCUUCAGUCAACAUGUUAUUUUUCGGUGGCGGAGUCCAAAGCCCGCGCCGUCGCAGCCGCGAAAAAGCCAUCUUCAUCACCAUCUUCAUCGUUUUCGCCUUAUAUUUUCUCUUUUUCGCAAACACCUCCGGUCGCAAACAGGCUGCCGCCGUUCACGAAGGGGUCGUGUCGCAAGGAGGACCGAAUCGCGACACUCGCUCGGGGCAGGCUACCCCGUUGCGACAGCCGCAGAAUGUCGAAAAGGAUCUGGUGGUGGCCAGCAUGAAGAAGGAUGAUGUUUCGUGGUUAUUCGAGUUCUUUCCCGAAUGGCAUAAGAGCAUCUACGUGGUGAACGAUCCGGACGCGGAAUUGACGGUGAAACUCAACAAGGGGAGGGAGUCGAUGGUGUAUUUGACAUAUAUCAUCGACAACUACGACAAUCUGCCCGAAUCGAUACUCUUCAUCCACUCCCUGCGGUACCAAUGGCACAACGACGACCCCUACUACGACGGCGUCCCCAUGCUGCGCAACUUCCAGGUCCCGUACCUCCAGAAACAAGGAUACGUCAAUCUCCGCUGCGCCUGGGUGCUGGGAUGUCCCGUGGAGAUCCACCCGCUUACCGAUACGCAUCGCGAGAACGUGCACGCCGGCGAAUACUUCAAAAAUGGAUUCAUGGAGCUGUUCCCGGGCGCCAAGGUGCCCGAUGAAGUGGGGGUCUCGUGCUGCGCGCAGUUCGGAGUGACGAAGUGGAAGAUCCUUGAGCGACCGAAGAGCGAUUACGAGCGGUUCAGGAAGUGGUUGUCGGAGACGACGUUGCCGGACGAUCUGAGUGGACGCAUCAUGGAAUAUUCUUGGCACAUGAUCUUUGGAAAAGAACCCGUCUACUGUCCCUCCGCGGAGGAGUGUUACUGCAAGGUCUUUGGAUUGUGUGAUCUCACUUGCACCGAGGGCGACUGUGCUGGCCGCUACGCCCUCCCUCCUUUCUCCAGCCUUCCCCGGGGAUGGCCCUAUAUUGGCUGGAAGGGCCAGAAGCAGGAUCCAAGCAAGGGUCUCCCAGAAAGCUGAACUCGCCGAUACGCAGCAGUUGCCAGCAAGUUUCCGCGGAGCCACAUUUGGUCGUGAGCUCGGGAUGAAUUCCUACCGAGCCAUCCUUCGUUGGCUGCGAUGUAAUCACAUCGCUAUCCACUCGGUCUCUGGGAUUCAUCGCAUUGCCACUGACGCUACUUCGUGUUUUGUGGCCAAUAAACCUUUCCGAGCUCGAAAGCAGCCUCGUGAACGAUCCUGUUUUCUGUCUAGGCAGGAUGACAGAAGUCUCCGGCUGUGCUCUUUACUGUAGCAAGCCAUACCAGACAGAAAACCAGUCCUAAGAUGACGACCAUUUCAUCCCUACUCUAAUGACAUCUAUUUGUACUAUUCUUACGAACAAAAGUCCGUGUACAUAACUGCAUUUCUGGAUUGUAUUGGAACCAAGCAUCACAUCAGCA